AUGGGAACGCCGGCCCAGAUCGCCCAGGUCUUUCACAGUGUCCCCAAGCCUGUGUCCAUAAUCGAAUUCAAGGAUGCCCUCGACGCGAUAUGCCGCCCCAGAUUCCCUGCGGCUGUCUGGGGCCGGACUCGCUGGCCUGCCCUAGCAAUUAGCGGUGGCGUCGACUCUAUGGCGCUCGCGUUCCUCUUUUCCAAGUUCCAAAAGAUGUUUCCCAACUAUACGAUUGCCGACUACCCCGCGAGCCGUGCUCAUGCUAUCGUGGUUGAUCAUGGCUUGCGAGAAGGGAGCGACUUGGAGUCCAUGAAAGUUCUCCGCCAGCUCAACAGGUUGGGCCUUAAUGGCAUUCGCAACGUUUUGAAGUGGAAGGACGUGCGCGAGGCUGGCAUGGAACCCCAUGACUUGCCCAAUAUCGAGAGUGAAGCACGUACAAGACGAUACCGGCAGUUGGGAAUGACCUGCCGACAGCGUUUCGUCUCCAGCAUCUUCCUAGCUCACCACCGCGACGACCAGUAUGAAACAGUACUGAUGCGUCUGUUGUCAGGACACGGAUAUCGGGGCCUGCAGGGAAUGAGAGAAGCAAAUGACAUACCGGAAUGCUACGGCAUGCACAAUACUCACAAAAGCGGUUUGCUCGACGACCAAAAGUCUCCCCACCCUUAUCUCAGCUUCAAACCAUCAGUAAAGGUGUUGCGUUCGCUCCGACACCGCCUGAAAGAUGAUAAGAGGGGCGAGGAAGAUCAAGUACCUAUCGGCUGGAAAUCGAUCGAUUCCAUGCAUUUUCACGGCUACAUCCCUCACGAGAGAGAGCCUGGUGUUCCAUACUUGACCCCCUUGCAGAGUGAAGAUGGCGGCGUUGAGGUCUACCGACCCCUUCUCGAGUUUGAUAAGGAUAGGCUCAUCGCGACAUGCGAAGCGAACGAUGUCUCAUGGUUUGAGGAUGAGACAAAUUCCGACAAGACCUUGACCAUGCGCAAUGCCGUCAGACAUAUGGUGCAACAUCACACAUUGCCAGCCGCCCUACAGAAACCCGCUAUCUUAUCCCUAGCCAGAAGUGCAAAACGGCGAGUAGAUCUAGAAGACUCGGAGGCCAAUCGUUUGCUGAUACGCGAGGCCAUAAUACGCGAGUUCGAUCCUUGUUCUGGCACUCUGAUUAUUCAACCACCUACGUUGAACCGGAACAAGCGGCCGCGGAACAGGUUGUAUGAUCGCCCCCGGGUUGAGGCAAGAAAGCCGCAACAGAAACUAAUUGCCGCAUUGGCGAUCCGGAAGAUGAUUGAUUACAUUACACCGAACGAGAAUUUGCCUCCGAUCGGGAACCUUGACAACGUCGUUCUCCUUCUCUUCCCCGAGCUUGGCCCUGCACAAACCGCUUCCCCGUCGACAUCAUUCUCUCUUGGCGGUGUGCUCUUCGACCCAAUCAAAGGAUCGUCACCCGCUAAAUGGUUUCUCUCACGAGCCCCCUAUCCGUCCAAGCAACCUAUUCCUGAGGAAUGGAUAGACUGGAGAGAGGGUAUUACUGCUACCCGGAGGUUCGAAAAAGACCCGAAUUGGUCGGGAUGGCGAAGAUUUCCUACUGCGAGGCUGUGGGAUGGCCGGUAUUGGAUACAAAUCCAGAGCCUUUUACCGGAUAGAUUCUACAUACGGCCGUUCGCUCCGGAGCACGCCAAAGCUUUCCGUGCCGCUCUGACGCCGGACCAAAGGGAGAGACUGGAGGCCAUUCUAAAACACUAUGCACCCGGAAAGGUACGAUUUACACUACCAGGGAUCUACAUGGCGGAGAUGGAAGGGAAUUUCCCCCAUGCACCCGUCAAGAAGCUCACCUUGGUCGCUCUGCCAACUCUGAACAUACAUCUUCCCGGCUCGAAAAAGUGGCUCAAGUAUGAAGUAAGCUAUAAGAAAAUUGAUCUGUCUUUAUUGGGACGUAGACGACGGGGGGCAAAGAAAAGGCUCAUCGGGUUUCAACCCACCUGCUCUCAGUCGAGGCGAGUGCGAAGCAGGCGGCAGGCCCGGGUGGGCAUCAGACAGAGAAAUCCGGGAUUUCAGGCUGAGCAUAUUGUAAGCUAUGAAGGCGGGAGUCAUCCAAGGUAG